AUGGGUACUUUUAUGGUCUGUGCGUGGAACACGGAUCCAGCUGCACGGGAAGGGCAGACGAUAUCAUUUACUUCCAGCACGAAACGAGAAGAUGUCGUGAGGAUGCUGUGGGCCUUCGUGGUGCUGAUCCUUCCGUGGCUCGCCUCUUCGCAAGACAACUACCCACAAUUCCAGUCGGACAUGCGCAAUGAACAGCUCAAGCACGAACCGACGUACCUGGUGCUGGCCUCUAAGAUGGUGCGCCCGGGCCAGGUGUACCGAGUGACGGUGAGCGUGCUGCGCACCAAGCUGCCCAUCACAGUGCGCGCCUCCAUCCAAAGAGACGGCGUCGAGCUCACCACCGCGCUGCAGGAGGUCAAGCAGGGCAUCCCGGAGACGCUGCUGCUCAAGAGAAAUCUAACGCCGAGUCCCGCUGUCGCUCAGGUUCCAACGACGAGCGUGCCCGGCGCGUACAAGCUGCGCGUGGAGGGGAACGUGAACGGGGUGCUGGGCGGCACCGCGUUCAUCAACGAGACGUUGCUCACGUUCUCCCAGCGGUCGAUGACCAUCUUCGUGCAGACAGACAGACCCGUCUACAAGCAGGGACAGACAGUCCGGUUCCGCGCUCUGCCCAUCACGACCGGACUGAAGGCUUUCCCAGACGCCGUGGACCUUUACAUGCUGGACCCCAACAAGACCAUCGCCAGGAGGUGGCUAUCCAGGCAGACUAACCUAGGCGCCGUGAGCUUGGAGUAUCCUCUCUCCCUGCAGCCGGUGUACGGGAAAUGGACUAUACAAGUGGUGGCGCAGGGUCAAGUAGAAGAACAGAAUUUCCUGGUAGAGGAAUAUUAUCAGACGCGCUUCGAAGUGAACGUGACGAUGCCCUCCUUCUUCAAAGACGUCGAGCAGUACGUCUACGGGACUGUCGAAGCCAACUACACAAGCGGAGUUCCCGUAUCCGGGAACCUGACGCUCAGGGCGUCUAUCCAGCCCCUGGGAUCCGGCUACAGGGUGGCCAACAGACCCCCCGAUCUGGAGAGACACUACAGCAUCUUCGACGGCACGGUCUCGUUCCGGUUCCCGAUGGCGGAGUUGGAGCGGCUGGUGCCCCAGCUGGACCGUUCCCGCGUCCGGGUGACGGCGACCGUGGGUGACCGGUAUUUGAACAUCGUCGAGACCGGGUUUGCCGAGGCGCUCGUCUUCAACUCCCGCAUCCAGAUCAAGUUCCUGGGCGCCAACCCGCAGGUCUUCAAGCCGGGCACGCCCUUCAAGGCAUACGUGAUCGUGUUCCACCCGGACGGGUCUCCCCUGCCCACGGACCACCUUCUGCGACAGAAGGUGCAGGUGACGCCCACCGUGGAGUUCCGCCGGGGCGGCUCCCGGCGCCUCAGCCCCCGCCUGGAGAAGAUGAGCCCCAAGCACCCGGGCGUCUGGGAGGUCACCGUCGACCUGCAGGCAGAGAUGCUCUCCAAGGACGACAUACGGGACAUCAGGCUCAUGUCGCUCGAGGCGUUCUAUCGAGAUGAGAUCACCGCCGAACAGGUGCGCGCGCAGCUGAAAGUGUACGCAGCCUACUCCCCCAAGAACAGGUUCAUACAAGUCACCACCAGCACGAGGACACCCAAAGUAGGAGAGUACAUCAUUUUCCACGUGCGGGCCAACUUCUACGUGGAGUUCUUCUCCUACGUGCUGGUGUCGAAGGGCAUCAUCCUGCUGUCCGGCCAGGAGUCCAUGUCGUCCAGCAUCCGGACGUUCGCCGCCUCCCUCUCCCCCGAGAUGUCCCCCACCGCCACCCUCGUGGUGCACGCGGUGGUCAAGGACGAGGUGGUGGUGGACAGCCUCACCUUCCCCGUCGACGGCAUCUCCAGGAACAAUUUCUCCGUGAGCCUGAACAGCAAGAAGGACAAGUCCGGGGAUACUGUGGAGGUGGUGGUGGUGGGGAGGCCGUCCUCCUACGUCGGGAUAUCGGCGGUGGACAAGGCGCUCUACGACAUGAAGAGCGGCAACGAGUUCGGACACGCAGAGGUGCUGCGUAAGAUGAGCAUGUUCGACGAGGGCAUGAACGGGACACUGACCCACCUGUGGUACUCGAAGGAGGGGAACCUGGAGGACGUGGUGCCCUACCCGGCCGCCUCCUACGGGAUCGACGCCCACAAGACCCUACAGUAUGCCGGUCUCAUCGUUUUCACAGAUGCAAACGUCACUCGACGAGAUGAGGAGUGCGACUCCGAGGCGGGCUAUUUGUCGUGCCUGGACGGCGGAUGCUUCCGGCGCGAGAAGCAGUGCGACGGCUACAAAGACUGCCCCGACGGGAACGACGAGAGCGGAUGUGCCGAGAAGGACGAGCUGAAGCUGAAGAGCUUCAAGAUGAACCGGAUCAACCGGAUACAACGACUGUAUGACAACGCCUGGCUCUGGCACGACAUCAACAUCGGGCCCCUGGGCUACUUCAUCUUCAACGUGCCCGUCCCGGAGAUCCCCACCCGCUGGAUGGUGAACGCCUUCGGCAUGAACAGCGUCGACGGCUUCGGGAUACAAGGCAAGGCCAUCGAGUUUUCCAGCGUGCGUCCGUUCUACAUGAACGUGGAGAUGCCCAGCAAGAGUAUGCAGGGGGAGCAGAUCGGGAUACGGAUCAGCGUCUUCAACUACAUGCUCUACGAAAUCGAGGCUCUGAUAGUGAUCGCCAACUCUCCUGACUACAAGUUCGUCCACGUGGAAUCUUUUGGGAGGGUGGACUCUUACAGCCCCAGGACUUCGUUCGGAGAGCAUCAGCACUUGGUUUUUAUCAAGCCCGGGAGGUCGGUGGUGGUGUACAUGCCCAUCGUCCCCACGCGUCUGGGCGACAUCGACGUCACAGUCAUGACCAAGUCGCAGGUGGCCAAGGACGUCGUCACCAAGACGAUACGCGUCGAGGCCGACGGCAUACCGCAGUACCGCCACACCACUGUGCAGCUGGACCUCAGCCAGGGAGCCUACCUCAUCAAGUACCUGGACACGAACAUCACCGAAUCCCCUAUCGUCCCCUACAGGCAGGAGAGGCUCUACAUGUUUGGAUCCAACAGAGCCACCGUCUCCGUCGUAGGUGACGUGACGGGCCCAGCAUUCGCCACGAUGCCCGUCAACGCCAGCAGCCUGCUGAGGAAGCCCUCGUGGUGCGGGGAACAGAACAUGUUCGAUUUCGCCGCCAACCUCUACACCCUCCUCUACCUACGGCUCACGGGUCAGAGGCAGCCCGACAUUGAGAAGCAGGCCUUCACACACCUCAACAUCGGCUACCAGAGGCAGCUGAGCUACCAACUGGAAGACGGAUCAUUCAGCCCCUUUCGCUGGAACCCCGCCCCGAGUGUGUGGUUGACCGCCUUCUGCGCCAAGAUCUUCCACAAGGCCACGUUCCAGGAGUGGGAGAACUUCCUGUACAUCGACCCGAACGUCAUCUCGAGGGCCGUCGGAUGGUUGCUCGACCAGCAGUCGCCAGAGGGCGCCUUCACCGAAACCACGGUCGACCCGCUCGACAGGAAGAUGGAUCUGGGGGACUUCGAUAUGAAGACCGCCUACGGCGGCUUCCAGUACCGCAACAUCUCCCUGACUGCCCACGUGCUCAUCACCCUGUGCGAGCUCAAGGAUCUCAGAGGGGACGUGGGCUCCCGGCUGUCUACGGCCCGCCGGCAGGCGCAGCGGUACCUGGAGCGGAUGCUGCACCUGGUGAAGGACCUUGAGGACCCCUACGAGCUCUCGAUCGUCUGCUACGCGCUCACCCUCGCCAACAGCCCCGACGCCAACGAGGCGCUCAACUACCUGGACGCGCGCAUGCGCGAGGAGAGCGGCAUGCGGUACUGGGCGCGGGAGCGCGUCCGCGGCCCCACCACCAAGAUCGAGAACACGCGGCCCUACAUCGUGGCCCGGCUGCCCGACAAGUACGACGCGUCCAACAUCGAGGCCACGGCCUACGCGCUGCUCGUGCACGUGGAGCGGAACGGCGUCAUCCAGAGGGAGAUCGUGGAGUGGCUCAACGCGCAGAGGCUCACCACGGGGGGCUGGGCAUCCACGCAGGACAGCAUCGUGGCCAUGCAGGCCCUGAUCGAGCACGCAAUCCAGUCCCGCGUGCGUGACGUCAUCGACGUCAGCGUAACCAUCGAGGUGCCCUCCGUGCCCGGGUUCGUCAAGCAGAUACACAUCGGGGAAGACAACCUCUCCAAGCAGCAGCACUUCGAGAUUCCCAAUGCCUGGGGCGUGGUGCUAGUACGCGCCCAGGGCUCUGGUAUCGCCCUGGUGCAGCUGUCCGUCCAGUACAACGUAGACUGGCCCCACCUACAGACGCCGCCCCCCGUCAAAGCCUUCUCCGUCAAGGUCAGGGGACACUACUACGGAAGGAACAGCUCACACAUAGAAAUCACCUCCUGCCAGAAGUGGACGCUGUACGAGGAGGGCGAGAAGAGCGGCAUGGCGGUACUCGAGGUGGAUGUACCCACGGGGUACGUGGUGCAACAGCAGGACCUGGACGCGUACGUGCGCUCGGGGAAAGUGCGCAACCUGCAAGAGGCGCGCUACAACGAAAGGAAAGUCGUCUUCUACUUCACCUAC